CUCGGCACUUCGGUCCUCAGCAUACACGUUUGAACACACUGCGCCAAAGGCUGGCGGGGCAAAAAGGCAAAAUACGGAAUACAGAUUUAAGAAUCAACUUUGGAAAGAGUGAUGGCAGCAAUCCGUAAGAAGCUGGUGAUUGUCGGGGAUGGUGCAUGCGGGAAGACCUGCUUGCUUAUUGUCUUCAGUAAAGACCAGUUCCCUGAGGUCUAUGUGCCAACGGUGUUCGAGAACUACAUCGCCGACAUCGAGGUGGACGGCAAGCAGGUUGAGCUGGCGCUAUGGGACACAGCGGGCCAGGAGGACUAUGAUAGGCUGAGGCCGUUGUCCUAUCCUGACACAGACGUCAUUCUCAUGUGUUUUUCCAUAGACAGUCCGGACAGUUUAGAGAAUAUUCCGGAGAAGUGGACACCAGAGGUGAAGCAUUUCUGUCCUAACGUUCCCAUUAUCCUGGUGGGGAAUAAGAAAGACCUUCGCAAUGAUGAACACACUCGCAGAGAGCUAGCCAAAAUGAAACAGGAGCCAGUAAAGCCAGAGGAAGGCAGAGACAUGGCUAACAGGAUCAGUGCAUUCGGCUAUCUGGAGUGCUCUGCUAAGACUAAAGAGGGUGUCCGGGAGGUGUUCGAGAUGGCCACCAGAGCGGCGCUGCAGGUCCGUAAGCGCAAGAAGCGAAGUGGCUGCCUGCUCUUAUGAGCUCCACCCCCCAGCUCGACCUCUCCUGCCAACAGUCCACACAGUGCUCAAGGAAUAAUCUUAACCAAACCAACAUCAUCACUGUACUGUAUUACGCAUUUCACGCAAGCAAGAUGUGUGCAAGAGACUGACAAACCUGUUUAUAGAGAAACCAACCCACGUGUGCUCUUAGUUUCUGUACGUACACACGCCUGUUCUGUUUUCGGCUUUCUUUUCUUUUGCCAGUAUACCUUCCCAUGUGUGUGGGGGAAAGAAUUGAUUUGAUUUUGUAUGUAUUUGUACAUAAAUCUUAAUCUUGUCUUUCUCUCUCCCCUGCACUCUCGCAUUCUCUCUCACUUUCCAUUCCAUGUUGUAUUCAGACAUUGCUUCUUUAUGUACUGUUUACUUAUUUGGGUUGAAGCCUGACUGGCGAAUCUGCUUCAUUUGGAAAAUGAUCCAGAAUACAUUUAUUGUUCAUUCAAA